AUGACGUUCGCAACCGCAAUCUCUGGGGGCAACACCCCAUUCUCGCAGUUUGACGAACUUUCUCAAACAGCCUCAAACCUUGGCGGAUUUGAAGAUUUGGUAGAUUCUUCAGUUUCAACAAAAGUCAAUGCAUUGAUGACUGACGCAACUAACGUGGACGAAAAGUUUGCCAUGAUGGAACAGACUAUAGAGGUCUUGAAGAAAUCUGUUGAAGACAAGGACCUUCAAAUCACUCAACUCAUGAACAAAUUGGAGGCCUAUGCACCUGGAGAGUCGAGCCAUGUCCCUCCUCGUUCACCUGUCUUUACCUCCCAGAAAACAGCUGUUGAGGAAUCAUUUGCAAAGUUAAACAUUCAAAAGGAAAAGCAAUCUACUUCAGUUGCGGCGUUAUCUGUCCAACAAUUGCAAGACAUGAUAACAAACACCAUUAGAGCUCAAUAUGGCGGACCAUCGCAAAAUUCGUUGUACUACUCUAAGCCUUAUACUAAGAGGAUUGAUUGUUUAACCAUGCCAACCAAUUAUCAACCACCAAAGCUACAUCAAUUUCAUGGCAAAGGGAACCCAAUGCAACAUAUUGCCCACUUUGUCGAGACUUGGAACACAUUUGACUGGUAUAUUGACUUGGAUCCCGAGUCCAUUGAUAGCUGGGAGCAACUUGAGAAGGAAUUCCUCAAUCGUUUUUACAGUACCCGAAGAACUGUAAGCAUGAUAGAGUUGACAUGCACCAAGCAAAGGAAGGACGAGCCCGUGGUGGAUUACAUUAAUCGUUGGAGGGCGUUAAGUUUGGACUGCAAAGAUCGCCUUUCAGAAAUAUCUGCUGUGGAGAUGUGCAUUCAAGGAAUGCACUAG